GCCGCCUCUCUGGUCAGCAGACACGGAUGCUGCGUCAUGUGACCCAUUACUUCCGCGUUUCAAAAAUAACCACAGUCGUGAUAUUAAGGUGGCGACAUUGUGAAGGAGUCAGACGAGGAGACGUUUGGAAACGUCCUAUUUUCUAGUUAGCCGAAACGCCGGGAUGCAUUCGACUGUGCUCGUGUUUGCAUCUACUCUCGUGGUCGCCGUCGCCCUGGACAACGGGUUGAUGAGGACCCCUCCGAUGGGCUGGUUGGCGUGGGAACGGUUCCGCUGUGAUAUCGACUGUGACCACGACCCCAAGAACUGCAUCAGGCAAAACUUGUUCACCGACAUGGCUGACAGGUUGUCAGAGGAUGGCUGGAGAGAGCUGGGCUACGUCUACGUCAAUAUCGACGACUGCUGGGCGUCCAAGCAGAGGGACGAGCACGGGCGGCUCCAGCCUGACCCAAAAAGGUUCCCUGGUGGAAUCCACCGUCUGUCCCGCUACAUGCACAACCGGGGACUCAAGCUGGGCAUCUACGGGGACAUGGGCACGCACACCUGCGGGGGCUAUCCUGGCACGCCGUUGAGCAAGAUCGAAAUCGACGCCCAGACCUUCGCCGACUGGGAAGUGGACAUGUUGAAGUUUGACGGCUGCUAUUCCAACGCCACAGAACAAGCGCAAGGUUACCCUCAAAUGUCCAAGGCUUUAAACGCAACAGGUCGUCCCAUUGGCUACUCCUGCAGCUGGCCCGCCUACCAGGGUGGUCUGCCACCUAAGGUGAAUUACAGUCAGUUGGGCGAGAUCUGCAACCUGUGGCGUAACUAUGGUGACAUCCAGGACUCCUGGGCCAGUGUCUUGAACAUCGUGGAUUGGUUCUUUGACAACCAGGACGUCCUGGUUGCUGUGGCGGGGCCCGGAAGAUGGAACGACCCGGAUAUGCUGAUCAUUGGCGACUUUGGCCUCAGCAUGGAUCAGUCCCGUUCACAGAUGGCUCUCUGGGCCAUCUUGGCCGCUCCGCUCUUCAUGUCCAACGACCUGCGCACCAUCAGCGGCGGGGCUCGCAGCAUCCUGCAGAACAAAAUGGCCAUCAGCAUCAACCAGGACCCUCUGGGCCUUCAAGGAAGACGCAUACUCAAGGAGAAGAGCGGCAUUGAGGUGUUCUGGCGGCCAUUGUCGAACGACGCCAGCGCCUUGGUGUUCUUCAGUCGCCGUACGGACAUGCCGUACCGCUACCAGACCUCCCUAAGCAAACUCAACUACACCUCAGGCAGCUACAAGGUACAUGACGUCUUCUCCCAGAGGACCAUGACCCUGAAAGACUCCACCAGCUUCGUGCUGUCUGUGAAUCCCACGGGCGUGGUCAUGUGGUAUGUCUCCGCCCCCGCCAAACCCAACCACCUGCAGGAAUUUUUUAAAGACGCCCGGCUCAGAGGACCCGCCCGGGGCGACCUCACCAACGUCAUCCCGCCUGUCUUUCUUUAAGUGCCUCAUGAUGAUCACCAAUUGACUGUCAAGACAAUGUGGUAAUGAACGACUCUAUUUACAUGAAUCCACUUGGAUGACUGUUUGAAUCAGUUCACUCAGGGUUAUUUUUUUUUUAAUUAUACACAAAUUAUAAAUAAGUGAUUGUGCACAUUAUUGGCUGGCCACCAGUCCAGGGUGUACCUGGCCUCUCGCCUGAAGACAGCUGGGAUAGGCUCCAGCACCCCCGCAAACCUCAUGAGGAUAAGCGGUAGAAAAUGAAUGAAUGAAUGAUUGUGCACAUAUUGACUUUUUAAAUGUUAGAAUUUUUUUUACUUUGUUUGAGCUGCUGAUCACCCAUGUAGGAACUUUUUUAUGGCAUUUUCAAUGUUUUUUUUUUUUUUACUUUGAUGAUUGCUCUUUUGUGAAGCUCUGACAUUUGGUUUGUUUUGUAUUAGAGAAAAUGACCGUAAAUGCUCUUAAUUACAGCCAGAGGCGUUAACUGGAACUCAUUGUACAACUUAUUUUUAUAACCUUCAAAUAAAGAAAGGAAAGCAUA